AUGCGGCGACUACCAAAGAGCCAACCGUCACAGCCAGUACUUACGCACAGACUCGGCGCCUCGCCGCGCCUGUGCGUGGCCACGACCGCCGCCGCGCCCCUCGGCACCGUUGCGGCCGCUGCGCCCGCGGCCGCUAAGCUGUUCUUCAACGAUACCAGAGGCCGGGGCAGUGGUGCUGGCCGCCACGCCCUUUUGACGUACGUUGGGAACGGCUGCUUUAGCUGA